AUGAACUUGUCAGGCGAAGAAUGCACUGUGUCAAAAUUCUUGGCCAAUAGCAAUCUUGAUUCUGAUCUUAGAAAAGAAACUAUAUUCACUGGUGGGAAUCAGGAAGGCAUGGACUUAUCUGCUAACAUUCAGAUAGAUCAGUGUGUUGUUGAUGCUGAACAGCAUGGUGCACCUGAAGGUCCAAAGGGCAAAGGAAAUAAGGUUACCAGCCAUGGAGUUGGUGAUUGUGAAGAUAGUGAGCGACAAUGUGCAAACGAGAUCCAAUGUCAGUAUAAAAAUAAACUGGAUGCUAGAGUUUCUACCGUUUCCAUCAGUUCUGAAGGUUUUCCUUUCAUGACAGAUGUGCAUGUGGAUACGAAAGGCAAGGAAAUACAAACUGAAGGGGUAAGUGCUCAUGGUGCUGUGAUGUGCCAUGAUAAAAGGGGGACAACCAGUGGCUUAAACACAGACUUGCCUAAAUUGCCAGUUAUAAUGGAGUUGACUGCUUCCAGUAGCAAGCCUGUUAAAACUUGUCAGGCAACAAGAGAGAAACACCUUGGAAAGGACAAUGUGUCUCAAGUGAGGUCAAGCUCAAUCGAGGCAUCUCCUGCAACUGCAAAAAACAAGAAUGAAUAUGUAAAAAACAAAACUGAAUAUGUAGGCGGAGGGCAGAUGAGCACAAAAGCUAUUAGUGGAGCAAUGAAGCAUCCAGUACUACGAGAGGGGGAAUCCAAUGUUAAUAGUCCAGCAACUAAGCAUGUUUAUAACCCAUUCAAACAUAGUCACAUUAAGCAUGACGACAGCAGGUACAAGUAUAGAGAGGGAAACAAGGUAACUUCGCCUUCAACUAAGUCAUUUGGUUACAGGAAUGCUACUUCUGCUAGGUCAGUUCCUGAUGGUACGGAGAAAGAAAGGUUGAUUGAUGAUAACGAGAAACAUGUCAAUUUAUAUUCUCAAGGGAGAAGGCAUUCAAAAUUCGUAACUAACAAUCAUGAUCAGACAAUUGGCCAACGUGAAUCUGAUUACAUGAACAAUCGAAGGAACUAUAAUCAUCAUUUUACUCGGGAUCCUGACAUCCAGCAUGGACCAGGACAUAGUAAUCCCAGAAAAUCACGAUAUAUGAGGCAUAAUGAAGAUACGGUUCCAUUUAUUGCUCCUCCAAAUGGUAGCACCCAUAGAUCAUUGAGAAGGAUGACAGACUAUCCAAAUGGUAGCACCCAUAGAUCAGUGAGAAGGAUGACAGACUAUCCACAGGAUCGUCUUUUUCCAUCUUGGAGGCAGCCCCAAGGGCCUCGAGAGCAACCGAGUGGUAGACGCCAAAUAAAAGACACUGACACCAACAGGAUUGUUGGGAGAGAAAUUCCUGAUUAUGUGAUUUGCGAGGAUAAAAUCACAAGUUUACCUGGUGAAAUAGCAGAUAAUUUGCUACAUUCACACUCAAAUUUGCAUUAUGAACGAACUGAUAAUGACUUUCUGUUGAGGGGCAGUAGCGUUUCUCCAACCAGAUCUCCAGUGCGUUUGUAUCGAUCAUGCUCACCCAUUCAAUGGUUGUCACCUGGGAGAGUACCUGGAAUGUACAUUGAUGAUGAUGCAGAUUUAACAACAGAUGGACCUUCACUUGAUAGAGUUGAGAUGGUUAGGAAUCAUCUGGAAGAUGAGAUAACGAGUAGGCAUGCUUUACUUCGACGCCCUCAGUUUCAACCUGACAUGAGAGAAAUGCAUUUGGCUAGAGAACUUGAUUUAGCUAGGGCUGGUAGAGCUUUGAGGAAUAGAAGAUAUGAGAUGAGACUAGCUGAAAAUACCGAGUAUGAUACAGAGUAUCUGGAACCUUCAUACUCUGUGGACGAAUUAGUUGAUAGCAGGGACUAUGAUGACAGUCAUGGACUUGUACAAACACGUCAUAUUACUAGUGGUGUUGAUCCCAGCCGUGUUUUUCCUGAUGAUGCUCAUUGUCCGAGAUCAAGAGAAUAUAAUGACAGGCAGGGAUUCGUACAAGUACGACCGCGUCACAUGCCUAGCACUGAGGAUGAUAAUCUUGCUCCUUUUGGUGAUGCAUAUCCUAGAUCGACAAAGUUUUUCCCUGACAGUGAAAUGAAUCAUGUCGGGGGCAGCUCCCGAAACUUCCGCAAUCAUGUAAGGAAUCGACUCGGACCUGCUGGAGCUAACAGAUUAAAGAACAAGUUGGAAGAGGAAGUAGAUUACAGAUACCACCGUAAACAGCGAUGGUGUGAUGGUGCUUCCGGUGAUGCGAGGUUGAAAAAGAGAAAGAGUUAGUACAGUUUGCUUAGCAUGCUUCACAGGCAACCAACUAUGGUCUUUUGGCUUAUUCUGUCUGUUCAUCCAGAUGGAUCGUAGCCAGAGAUAACAGCAAUAAUUACAGAAUGACAAUUGACUCGGUGGUUGUCUCCCACUGUGAUUGCUGUGCGGUAACAGUUUCUAGCUACAAAUUGUACUUUCAGAAAUGCUCAUGCCGAGUGCUCUCUAGAGAUCUGCCUCAUUAUUGAACAACAAUUACGCUUUGCUUUUAGCCUUGCACAUCUUACGGAUUAAGCGUACCUUUUGAGACUGCAGUAUCAUUUCUCUCUGCUAACGUUCCUAUGCCUAAAGAAAAGGGCGACCAACCUGUUUUGGUGGAAUCUAUAAAAUACGCGAGGAAUCGUUGCUGGUCGCUGGCACCUGCUACUUCAAUUUGAUUUAAUAUUAAGAGGGAUUUUCCAUUGAUUUCCCAUCGGAAUCAUCCCACUUCUUCCUUCUUAGGCUAAUAUGCUGCUCGUAUUGUUUCAGAAAAAUAAGAGAUGGAAAAAGAUCGGGCAUUACUUAUAUUUGCCAGGCAGCAACUUUAUUAUAGCCUUCUUGCCAGAAUUUUGAUGCCCUCGGAUAGUUCAUGCUUGAUGCCUGUGUUAGAAAUGACAGACAGAUCUCUUCCAGUUAAUCGGGCAUUUGAUGAAGAUAAGCUCAACAGCAAUGCUGGUAGUGCUUUACCACUCUUAUGCUGUGUUAGUCUCAAACUUUUGAUUGUACGGCAGAUAAUUUCCGGUUUAUAUGAUGCUUAAUGCUCAAUCAGUCAUUUGGAGAAAAAAAUGAAUAGUAUAUGUAAUAAGACAACUGAUGAGAAUGGGAAUAGAAGAAACUUAGGUGUGUUUGGUUA